CGUGUAAGAGAAGUGCAGCUCACCAAACCGGCACAUAUGGAGCCUUCUGAUUAGUUGGCGGAUAAAAGGGGUGUGAUUUAGUUUAAUUGUCGGACCCUGGCUGCAGCGAUGCUACGACGGCGAGGAGGCUAAAGGGCGCUCAGCGGUGCGAGGUACGGUCCAAACGCCACAUACCGAAGCCGCCACCGCUGUUAACUCCUAUAAAACUAUUUACCGUCGCGUCGCCACAUUGCUCUUGGGAGGUGGUUUUUUGCGGUCGGUGACGGGACUUUUCCCUCCUAGCUAAAACCCGCAAAAACGUCACUUUACGCACAGCCGACCUCGUUGGCUAGCUUGGUCUUUCCCUUGAACCGAGGAUCAGACGCCGGCACAUGCGGCUCGUUUAAUUCGUGUCACUCCGAAGCAGACGGUCGCCCGGAAAGGUUCAUCGAUCCCCAAUCUGGAGAAAUCAUGGAGUUCUGCGGUAAGCCUUUGUGCUACGAGCUGCUGGCCGAAGUCGGAGAGGGCUCCUACGGCAAAGUGUACAAAGCCAGAGAGGUGGGGGAGAAACGGCGCCUCCUGGCGGUGAAGAAAUUUAACAUCCGCGGGGACUCGUCGGAGAACGGGAUCCCCGCUUUCAUGAUCCGCGAGGUGGCGCUGCUGCGUAAAAUGAAGUACUUUAACCAUCCCAACAUAGUCGAACUGUUGGACGCCUCUGCUGUGCCAGUGGGCCGGAACUUGGACCUCACUCUGGUGCUGGAAUACAUUGACCAGGACCUGUCCACCUACCUCGCCAAGGUUCCUGCUUGUGGACUGACCCGGGACUGUAUUAAGGAUGUGAUGCAGCAGCUGCUGCGGGGAUUGGACUUCCUGCACACAAACAUGGUGCUGCACCGUGACCUGAAACCAGAAAACGUUCUGGUCAGCUGCCGUGGAGAAGUCAAAAUUGCCGACUUUGGACUGGCUCGCAUCUACACCUUCAAUAUCGCACUCACUCCAGGCGUGGUGACGCUGUGGUACAGGGCUCCCGAGGUGCUGCUGAACUCCGUCUACAUGUCCACAGUGGACAUAUGGAGCGCUGGCUGCAUCUUUGCUGAGCUCUUCCACCUGAGACCGCUGUUUCAGGGAUACACAGAGGCACAGCAGCUGCAAAAAAUCUUUGAUGGGAUUGGUUUUCCCAGUGAAGAGGACUGGCCCAAGGACAGCCCGAUCUCCUACCCAGUGAACUGGGGGCCAAACAGGUCCUGCACCAAGCUUCUGCACAACCUGGGCCCAGAGGAGAACGACCUUCUAUCUCAAUGCUUGGCGUUCAGACCGAGCAGUCGCCCCUCAGCUGCCAAAGCCCUGGCCCAUCCUUUCUUCAUGCAGCACUGAAGCUCAGGAAGGACAGAGACCUCGGAUCCUUCUGCCACUGUCAGCGGUUCGAACUGGUCUCUCCAUCAUGCACUUUGCGUCAUGAGACGCUGUGAGCAGGAUCGAAUAAAAAAUACGGUUAUUUUUGAGCAUCAGUGUAUAAAAACACUAUACCCAACUUACAGAGCACUACUCGGAUGGUUUAAAACAGUGACUUUAAAAUUUUUUUUUUAAGGAGUUUGAUUUACUUCUGAUUUAACAAGCCUUAAUAUGAAUGUAGUAAAAGUAUGAUGCUUUUUGAUUUUAAUUUGAUGGUGCGUUGGGUAUUUCUAUAAAACGUUGUUUACUUUGUUAUUGUUGAGUGUUAAAAAUAUAAAUAACGAUCCUGUAUUUCUGUCAACUAACAACAACAAUGUUAUAAGCACCUUAAAGUUGACACGUUGGAUGAAUGUUUUCUCACCUACAUGUUUUUUGUUCUUGGUUUGUGUAUGAAGUCCUUUCAUUGUUGUUUGUUUAUGGUGUAAUCUCUGGAAUAGAUUUUCCCUGUAUAGACUCCUAUAUUGACAGAUUGUACAAGUUAUUUUCACUGUUCAUUCGUGAAGCUUUUCUUAUAAAUAAUUGUCUUUCAAACCAUCUCUGCAUUUGAAUGCAACAGCGUCGAUAGUUGACAGAUUCGGGUUUAUCA